UGGUAAAAAGGUCGUCAAUGUCACUUAAUAUGUAUGAGAAUAUUAAAUGAAAUUUUAACAUAAUUGAUAUUAAAUUUUUAAAGUUAAUGUGGCCCCGUUGCAACGCACAGGCGUUCUUCUAGUAUUGGUAAUGUAUGGGCUACUACUCCUCAGUCAAUAUGUUGGCCCAUAUUACUUCCUUGUGCAAACUGAAAAAUCGAUGCUCCCCGCCGAGCUUGAAGGGAUAAACUACACUGCACUGGUACUGUAGUCUGUAGCUGUCUAAAUUUAGCUUGUCUCAAAAAAAAAAAAACUGUCCAAAUUUAGCUCUCCUACAUCUCAGAAAAUGAGUUUAGUUAGCUAUUCUAUGCAAGGGGGCGGUCAAAACUCAGAACGGUGUGCGUAAGCCAGAAACAUUCAGCUCGACCAUGGAGAUCCCAACAACAAAAAGAAGGAUUACCAUGGAGAUUCUCAAAUGGCAUUAUUGGCAUUCGACGUCAAGUACCAGCCGAUGUCAUCAACCAUCUCAUGCUCAAUAUACGAAAACAAACUACGAAGGACUAGCACCGCCUUGUAAACACCGACGUGUUUGUCAGGCUCAGCCCCGCGCCAAGGCGGUUUCCGGUUAUCACUAAUCGGCUCUGAUUCACCCGGCUAAUCAGAUAUUCAUACUAGUAUAAAAAGCACCCGAUCCGCCAUGGAGUCAUGUAACCUGAAUCAGCUGAAUGCCUUGCCGACUGUCAGCUGCCAAACAAAUUUCCCCCGCCAAGAUGUGCUCCAGAACCAUUCCACUCCAGUUCAGGGCUCGUUCGGCUAAUCCUGUCUCUAAUGGGACUGGAGACAAUUACUGGAUGGGGUCACGGGGGAUCAAUUCUCUCCGACUGUCUCCGAUCCCCACCGAACCGAACAGGGGCGCUCUGAACGCGGCGGUUCCGAACAAGGCGGCAUGCUGCAAAUUCCUCCCCGGCGUCGCCUCCGUCGCGCCUAGUUCGUCGCCGCUGCGGCAUGUGACCCGCGGCGAGCAGAGGCCGUGGAGCUCCCCCGUGGCGAGGACGAACGACGGCGCCGCGGAGGGCGAGCCGGAGGCGCCGGGGGAGGCCGAGGGGAAGCAGGGAGACGAGGAAGUGGCGAGGAGGAAGAGCGCCGCGCAGGAGGUGUUUGAAGGCCUGUACAUCUGCGGCUACGUCCUGUUCUACAGGAUUGGUGAGUGCGUCUGGUACAAAGUGAAGGAAGGCAUCGCCAAACUCCGCAAGAAACGAUGAUACCCUCCAUGCUGUGGGUUGAUCGGGUUAAUUACGUACUACCAGUGCUUAUUAUUGCGUGAUUAGUCCCCUCCAUGCUCGCUGUGACGCCUCGUACUCGUACGCAUGGGGAUUGUGUUCUCCUUUGUAACCGAUCGCAUGUAAGGUUUGCUGGAUUCACAAGAGACUGUAUUGAUCUGGUGGUUUCCAGUUGGGAUUACCAUGAUUAAUUACCCGGGUGGAUUGAGAUCAUUGGUGCGUGAGACCAAAGAACUACACGG